AUGGGCUGGGAAACGCGGGGGGGCACGCGGGGGGCGCGCGGGAAGGCGGGGCUUAGACUUUCUGGAGACGUGCAGGGCUGCAGAGGCUGCAGGGGCCAGGCUUUCCCACCGUCCCCCGGAGUGCGGCUCCCUGGUAAGGUCGCGUCUCUCCUGCCUCUGCAACCUUCCGCCGACCAUAUAAGGAGAGGCAGCUGCCGGGGCGUCACUCACCAGGAUCUAAAGAUAGUGACCCCGGACUCGGACUCCCAACGCCACUGGGCUGCGGGGGCCGCCAUGGCACGGCAGCAUGCCCGGACCCUGUGGUAUGACAGGCCCAGGUACGUGUUCAUGGAGUUUUGUGUUGAGGACAGCACCGAUGUCCACGUGCUCUUAGAAGACCACCGCAUUGUGUUCAGCUGCAAGAAUGCGGAUGGAGUGGAGUUGUACAAUGAGAUUGAGUUCUAUGCCAAGGUGAACUCCAAGGACUCCCAGGAUAAGCGCUCUGGCCGCUCCAUUACUUGCUUUGUGAGGAAAUGGAAGGAGAAAGUGGCCUGGCCUCGGCUCACCAAGGAGGAUAUCAAGCCAGUGUGGUUGUCUGUGGACUUUGAUAACUGGAGAGACUGGGAAGGGGAUGAAGAGGUGGAGCUGGCUCAGGUGGAACAUUACGCAGAGCUUUUGCAGAAGGUCAGCACCAAGAGACCUCCCCCUGCCAUGGAUGAUCUGGAUGAUGAUUCUGACAGUGCCAACGCAACAAGUAGUUAAGUUCUGCACGGUAGACCUGUGGAGGAAGCUGUGGCUGUCUUCCAGUCAUUCUGACAAGCUAGGGCCUGGGCCUUUGUCCAGCUGUUUGGCGGAGCACCAAGGUCCUCUGGGAUCUCAGAUCUUUCCUCGAAGCUCUUAAUUAAGUGUCCUCCUUCAUGCUUUAUUUCUUUUCCCUAGACACUUGACUAUGGCUGCUACAUCAGAUGGCAGAAUAGCAGAGGAGUAGAGUGGUGGGACUGCUGACUUCCUGCCAACUAGCUAUAAUCUCUAUGUUUGGGCUGCUCAUCAGGGCUCUCGAGUAUGUGUGUAUGUGGUAGAGCAAAAUCCAAAGAAGUAGCAUAUAGAUUAUAAUAAAUCUUUAGGAACUGGUC